AUGUUCUCCAAGCUCUUCAUCUUCUUCAUCAUACUCUCUCAAUCCCUUCAAGAUUCCUCUUCCCAAGUUCUCAGCUUCACUUACAAUGGCUUCCAUCCUCCACUGACUGACAUAUCCGUCCAAGGUAUCGCAACCGUCACACCUAACGGUCUAUUGAAGCUAAACAACAUCACCCAGCGGGAGACCGGUCACGCCUUCUAUACCAAACCGAUCCGGUUUAAAGAUUCUCCAAACGGCACUGUUUCUUCCUUCUCCACAACAUUCGUCUUCGCUAUCCACUCUGAGUUCCCGAUACUUAGUAGCCAUGGCAUGGCCUUUGUCGUCGCUCCUAACGCAAGCCUUCCUUACGGAACCCCAAGCCAAUACCUGGGUCUCUUCAACAUCACAAACGACGGUAAUGAAACGAAUCAUGUAUUCGCUGUCGAAUUUGACACGGUUAUGAAUAUCGAGUUCAAUGAUAUCAACAAUAACCAUGUCGGAAUCGAUAUCAAUAGUUUGAAGUCGGUGCAAAGUUCCCAAGCUGGGUACUGGGACGAGACGGGUCAGUUCAAGAAUCUGAGUUUGAUCAGUCGUAAACGGAUGCAAGUUUGGGUCGAUUACGAUGGCCUUACACAUCAAAUCGACGUGUCUAUGUCUCCGUUCAGGAAGAGCAAACCUACAAAACCACUUGUUUCUAUUGCCAGAGAUCUAUCUUCGGUUCUUUUGCAAGAUAUGUUCGUUGGCUUCUCUUCUGCGACUGGUUCUCUGCAAUCGGAACAUUUCGUUCUUGGGUGGAGUUUCGGGGUAAACGGGAAAGCUCCGCCAUUGUCCUUAUCGAAACUUCCGAAGCUUCCGAGGUGGGAGCCCAGGAAGAUCGACAUCUUCUUCAAGAAGUGGAUGCCUACGAUUUCCAUAGUUGUGAUUCUCCUCGUGUUCGUUCCCUCACUCAUCUUCCUCGUACGCUUCAUCUUGUGGAGGAAGAGAAAGUUUGCGGAGGAGCUCGAAGAUUGGGAAACAAAUCUCGGGAAGAACUACCGAUUGAAGUUCAAGGACUUGUACUACGCAACACAAGGGUUCAAGGAGGAGGGCCUUCUCGGAUCAGGCGGGUUUGGUAGCGUUUACAAAGGUGUUAUGCCAAAGACGCGGCAGGAGAUCGCUGUGAAAAGAGUCUCGAAUGAAUCCCAACAAGGGUUGAAAGAGUUUGUGUCUGAGAUCGUCAGCAUUGGUCGGAUGAGUCACCGGAACUUAGUCCCUCUCUUGGGUUAUUGCCGCCGGAAAAACGAGCUUCUUCUGGUCUACGAUUACAUGCCUAAUGGAAGCUUAGACAAGUAUUUGUACAAUAGUCCUGAGUUAACACUCGGCUGGAAACAGAGGAUAAAAGUCAUCAAUGGCGUGGCCUCUGCCUUAUUCUUCUUACACGAGGAAUGGGAACAAGUAGUCAUUCACCGCGACGUUAAAUCCAGCAACGUCUUGCUAGACACGGAGUACAAUGGGAGACUUGGGGAUUUCGGUUUAGCUCGGUUGUGCGGUCACGGAUCAGAUCCUCAAACCACACGCGUUGCUGGAACAUGGGGAUACCUGGCCCCUGACCACGUCAGGACAGGACAUGCCACAACAGCUACCGAUGUUUUUGCAUUUGGGGUGCUGCUACUAGAAGUGGUAUGCGGUAGACGUCCUAUCGAGAUUCAGAACGAAAGUGGUGAGAGAGUUUUCAUCGUGGAUUGGGUUUUUAGGUUUUGGAUAGAGGGAAACAUCUUGGAUGCAAAGGAUCCGAAACUAGGCUCUGUGUAUGACCGAAGAGAGGUUGAAAUGGUUUUGAAGCUAGGUUUGAUGUGCUCUCACUCCGAGCCAUAUAUUAGACCACCGAUGAGACAGGUGAUACAAUAUCUAAGGGGAGAUGCAAUGUUACCAGAUUUGUCGCCGUUGGACUUGCAUGGAAGAGGGAUGAUGUUGGGAAUCCACCACGGAUUUGGUGAGUCAGGCAUGUUUACCGGUGCUACUUCGAUUGUUGAUUAUGAUUCUAUACUCUCCGGUGGGAGGUGA